CGCUGCUCCCCUCCUCGGAGGCCGCUGGGCGCCCCGUGACUAACCUGAGGCCGCCUUCCCCGACGCAGUCGUACCGGCUCCCGCACGGCGGCGCCUCGCCCCCUACUCGUGGAGCCUCGCCGUGUUCCCGGCCGCAACCGGGGGAAGCCCGGCGCUGCCACCCCCCGCCGGGCCGAAGAAGCGGUACCGCCGGCGGGCUGAGGACUUUCUUCAGACGUGUUCUGGACAGAGCCAUGCUGUAGAUGACUUCGUUCUGACGAUUCAUAACUCACUGAAUAAUAGAACUGCAGUUUCUGCAAUGGAGAAGAGGGAAGGUGAUAGUCGUACCGUUGACCAGAAUGCAUUUCAGAACAUCAUACCAAGAAGAAAUAGAGAAAACCUUAGUGACUUGAAUGUGGAUAUGCAAGUCACCAAUCCACCAGAAGUAACUGCACUUUUUAACUUACAUCAAGCACAUCAUUUUAGUGAGUUUGAAUACUCUUCAGAGCAACACUACCAGCAGGAUUUGUUCCCCAGGUGGCACUUGCCACUGAAGAUAGCAUCUGUGAUCUCAUUAUUGACAUUUAUUUACACUUUUCUGAGAGACGUCAUAUAUCCUUUUAUAACAAAAAAUGAAAAUGUUUUCUAUAAAAUUCCAAUCCUUGUCAUAAACAAAGUCUUACCAGUGGUUUCAAUUACCCUUUUAGCACUGGUAUAUUUACCAGGAAUAUUAGCUGCUGGUUUCCAGCUGUACUUUGGCACUAAGUACAAAAGGUUUCCCUUGUGGCUGGAUAGAUGGAUGUUGUCAAGAAAACAAUUUGGACUUCUCAGUUUCUUCUUCGCUGUGAUGCAUGCCUGCUAUAGCCUAUGCUAUCCGAUGAGAAGAUCAUAUAGAUACAAGUUGCUGAACUGGGCAUUCCAGCAGGUCAAACAAAAAAAAGAAAGUGCCUGGAUUGAACAUGAUGUUUGGAGGAUGGAGAUUUAUGUGUCCCUAGGAAUUCUGGGACUUGCUUUGCUGGCCAUAUUGGCAAUAGCAUCAAUCCCAUCUGUCAGUCACUCUUUGACCUGGAGAGAGUUCCAUUAUAUUCAGAGCAAGAUGGGAUACAUAGCUCUGCUGCUGUGCACAGUUCAUGCACUGGUGUUUGCUUGGAAUAAGUGGGUUGAUGUUAACCAAUUUAUCUGGUACACACCACCUUCAUUUAUGGUAGCAAUUUUUCUUCCUAUUGUGGUCCUGCUCUGUAAAUGCAUACUGUUCUUUCCAUGUUUCAGGAGGAGGAUAAAAAAGAUUAGAUGUGGUUGGGAAGCUAAUACACAGACCAAUCAAACCAACCUGACUUCCAGACUAUAGAUCAAAUAUGGACAUUCCCUAUCUGAUGCAUGUAAAUGUGCUCAAGUCAACAAAAUGUUUACUUGCGAGCUUUGUUUUCAUGUAUUUCUUAGAUGUUUCCUGUUUACUUUUCAUUUCAGCCGCAGGGGUAUGGAAUACCUGAUGCAGUUUGAACUUCUGUUGUGACAGAAAUUGGAAAGAUUAAUUUCACACUUUAAUCUAUUUGGUAUUCUGGUAUUUGAUCAUUUCUUUCUUCUGACUCACUGCUCUUAAAAUGCCAGUGCUUCAUUGCUUCAAUCGUAAUUCUUUCACUAGAAAAUGCAAUCAUAAAUCACUGCUCCAGAUGACCACAGAAAGUAAAUAAAUCAUUACACCACAAAAUCCAGGAAUGCUUUCUGUAUCUCACAGCCAUGUUUGUUCCCUGGUUAAAUCUCAGUGUUAUGAAGGGGGGACAACUUGAGUAUUUAUUGUCCUGUUUCCCGUUAUGUCCUGCAUCUUACAUUUAACUGCAGAAGGGAUCCUUUAGCACUAGAGCCAAAUGAAAAUCUGCAUUCCCACCAUGUCUUGAAUUUAAACAAUCAAGUAAGCAGAAGUCUGGGGAACUUUACAAGGGAAAUCUUUCCUGAGGCUUAGGCACAGUCUGAAAAAAAAAGAGUUUUUAGGUUCAGAUCUACAUCUUAUACAGGACUAGGUGAGUCUGUUUAUUUAGAACUAUAAAAUGUUUUCAUUUUUUUUCCAUGAACAUAUUCUUUUGUUUCUGAUGCUGGAAAUUUUCCAUACUUUUGACCUAAGCCUGCAGUCUUUGACACGUGCUAAUCUUUAUUAGCAUAGAUUUUUCCAGUGGGGAUAGCUCACACAUCAAGUAAAUACGUUUUACCAUUUUACUAUAGGGCCAGCACAAUUAUGUGACUGGAAGAAAAUUAUUAAAAACUGGCGUUUGAACCUUGACAAUGAUUUGGUGAUAUUUUUGUGUGAAACUACUGUUGAAUGCAUUUGCUUUUACUUAAAUUUUAGUGUAAGUUGAUGAAACUUCACUUUCUUUGCUUUACAUAGAUCUGCCUGAAUGCCUUAACUGAAUAAUUCGUUUGUUAACUUCUAUUUUAAAUACUUUAUGCAGCAGUUAAUAUUUUCACACAGCAUCAGAAACGUUGCAGUUUCCCUGCAUGAGCUGAAUGGGACAUGGAUUAAUGAUGCCACCUAUUGCUGGAAUCAUCCAAAUGAGAAUUGCAGUGGUUCUGGUAUUAAACAAAGAAGAAAAUGUCUGUGUAAGAGAAUAUGUAAUACAUGGUGCUAAUGAUUCUGUUUUACGUUUGUGGACAUGGUUCACUGAGUGUAAAUAUCAAAUUAAAUAACUAUUCCUACCUUUUUUAUUUUCCUGGUUUUAACUCCAUUCAGUUAUUGCAGCUUAGAAGUUGUGCUUGUGUUUUGCACUCGAUGUUGUACUUUGAAAAUAAUGGGAACAUGGUGGCCUGUGUAAUAUAGACUGAAAAGACUUGAGUGGCAUUGUGUGUCGGUAAUGCAUGACAGAGGUGGGCACUAAAACACAGAAAGCCUGCCUGUGAACUUCAGAAAUUUCUAAAGGGAAAUGGUUGUUGUCAAUAGAUCAGCAUUUACAUUUCUUUAAAGGAAAUAAAAUUAAUUAGAAGUCAUGUUAGAGAGAAAAAAUAUCAAAGGCUUACUUGAAAUAUUAAUUGCACUUGUUGUCAGGAGUCAUACAGUUUUGCUUUAUUUUUUCACUGAAACAGAUUAAGACCAGUGCAACAACAAAGUAAUUAAAUUCUCUUCUACUAGCUACUCUUCAUCUAGCUAAUCAGAAGUUGUGUUUGAAUUUACUGCUUAGGACUAAGCUGAGGUUUUAAGUACUGCAAAGCAACCCCAGCCUUUAACAGAUUAAUAUUUGUUUUUAUCAAAAUGGGUUAAAUUGCUCUCUCCGGAGGCAGCUCUGCUGUUCCCCUACUAAGAAAGUCUGGAGAAUUUAGUGCAGUCUCCAAUUUUGCUAAAUUCUGGUCAAAUUGUUGGCUCUGUUGUUUACAGCUGAUCAUAGAAGUCAACCCUUUGAAACAGGAAUGAAAACUGAAGAGAGAUUAAUGAAAACACUCCUUGCAAGAGGCCAUUCAAAGCUAUUUGUAUGACAUGUGCAAAACAAAAUCUCAAAUAUGAGCCAGGUUUUCUGUACAAUAGAUUGCCUUUUUAUUUAGAAAGUAAUGUUCCAGCUUUUAAAGCAUGCAAAUACAACAGGCAUGGGGAAGAUCAUGUAAGGAGUAAAAAGGGCUACAGAAGAAAAUGCUGUCGACAACAUUUUAUUUCUUCCUUCUUAACAGAUAUAAUUUAGUUCAACAUUAAUUAAAAUAAAUGUGUAUGUGCCUUUUAGUUCAUGUAGCUCAUUCAAAAUUCAGUGUAUUAAUAUGCCUAUGUACUACUAUAAAAUAUAGAAAUGAUGUUUAUGCCAA